UCCUGAAUUUAGAGAAACCAAUAUGUCAGCCUCCAUGUGGCAUGUGAAAUAACAAUAACAGAAACACUGAUUACAUACCACAAUCCCUGAGUAACUAAAGCUGCUCAUCAAAGAUGGAUGUCAAGUGGACUUCACUAUCCAGUCUUUUAAGCAAGGAAACAUUAAGUGCUAUUAAAGCUCUCAAGUUCAAACGGAUGACCCCAGUUCAGGCAGCAUGUAUCCCGCAGUUCCUGCGGAACAAAGAUGUUGCUGUUGAGGCAGUUACAGGAAGUGGGAAGACGCUGGCCUUUCUUCUCCCUCUGCUGGAAAUGUUGAAGAAAAGAGAGACUCCCCUGAAGAAACAUGAGGUGGGUGCAGUGAUCCUGACGCCGACGCGAGAACUGGCCAUACAGAUCGACGAGGUCCUCUCCCACUUCCUCCAAUACUUCUCUGACUUCUCCUCAGUACUCUUCAUAGGGGGUGCUAAUGUUGGGGCUAAUAUCGACAAGUUCCUCGCACAUGGAGGUAAUAUUGUGAUAGCUACACCAGGUCGGAUGGAAGACAUGUUCCAGAGGAAGCAAGGCGCAUUUAACCUGGCUGGUAGCGUCAAGGCCCUGGAGGUGCUUGUCUUGGAUGAAGCUGACCGACUGCUGGACAUGGGAUUUACAGCCAGCAUCAACACUAUCCUGAGUUACCUCCCCAAACAGCGGCGGACUGGUCUGUUCUCGGCCACCCAGACAGAUGAGGUGGAGAAUCUGAUCCGAGCAGGGCUGAGGAACCCAUUGAGGAUCACAGUGAAGGAGAAGUUGUCAACGGAGUCUGAGUCGCUGCAGAGGACGCCACUGACUCUCAAGAACUACUACAUGAUCGUGGAUGCAGACGAGAAGUUCAACCAGCUGCUCCACUUCCUCAAGGAACACAAGCAGGAGAAGGUGAUGGUGUUCUUCAGCACAUGUGCCAGCGUGGAUUACUUCUCCCGUGCCCUCCAACACAUUCUAAAGAAGAGCCAGAUUCUCUAUCCAUGGAAAAAUGAAACAGAAACGAAACAAGAUAUUUUGAAUUUCCGACAGCUUACCAGUGGUGUGUUGACCUGUACUGACGUGAUGGCUCGAGGAGUGGACAUUCCUGAAGUACACUGGGUCAUACAGUUUGACCCCCCAAGUUCAGCCAGUUCUUUCGUUCAUCGAUGUGGUCGUACAGCUAGGAUCGGGAACAAUGGCAACGCCCUUGUGAUGCUGCUUCCGGCCGAGGACACCUACACCACCUUCAUCAGCAUCAACCAGAAGGUGCCAAUGGAACAGCUGGAGAUGGCAGAGGAGGUACACAACUACCUGCCCGCGGUACAGAAGCUGGCUGGCAAGGACAGGGCAAUAUAUGAGAAGGGGAUGAGAGCCUAUGUGUCCUUCGUCCAGUCCUACGCCAAACAUGAGUGUAGCGUGAUAUUCAGGGUCAAAGAUCUCGACUUUGGUAAACUAGCUACUGGAUUUGGUCUCCUGAAAAUUCCUAAAAUGCCAGAAUUAAAAGGAAAAGAUAUUCCCAACUUUCAUCCAGCAGAGAUUAAUGUUGACAACAUUCCAUUCAGAGACAAGCAUCGGGAGAAGCAGCGCCAGGUGAGGAUCGAGAGUGGGGAGCUGCUGCAGAGGCAUAAAAAGAUGAAGAGGCCACCCAAAUCCGUGCCGUGGUCCAGACAGAAGGAGAAGGUUGAAAAGAAGAAGAAGAGAGUGGAGAAGAAACUCCGUGCACAGAAGAGGAAACUGGAGGAAGUUCAACCAACUAACGACACUGAAGAGCUUGAUGACCUAGAUUCUGACUUGCGGCUCAUGAAGAAGUUAAAGAAAGGGAAAAUAUCAAAUAACGAAUUCAACCAGGAAUUUGUGGGAAGUGCAUUAAACAAGUUGGACAGUGACUCGGAGUGUGACACAUGACAAGGAGUCGAUGAGGCCAUGCUGUGAUGUAGUAUAUUCAAUGUCCAGAUGUUUUCUGGAAGACAAACUGAAGGUGAAGGUCACGGAAGAACUGAGGACCUGAAAUAAUCAGCAGGUGAACAGCGUAUCACUUCUGAUGGACAUGAAAUGGGGAAUAACCUCUAUGAAUUCGUCCUCUAUGCAGGAUAGUGUCAAUAUUACGUUACAUCUGAAGAUGAGUGUCAUUAAACAGCAAGAUAUUGCCCAUUUAGAAAGUGGUCAGAUGUAACACAUGUUAUAUUUUGGAAGCCUCAGUGGCUUGACUGAGAUGGCUGACUUUGUGUGCUGCAGAUUAGAUGCCUGACUUGGAGAGAGUGGGUUCGAAUCCCGGAUUGGACUCAAACCAACAAAAGUACUAGAAUAUGUACUAAUGAGAAAGUGUAAUCUCAAAUAUAAAUAGCAUGUGUUAUAUUUGCCCGCUCUUUCAGAAAUAGUUUUGAAGAGACAAACAGAUAUUGAUGAGGUAAUCAUGUAAGAUUAUUCAUUUUCUUAUUGAAUAAUUACAAUAAAACAAUACACCAAA